AUGAAGUCGCAACGCAACUUGUUGCCGAUAAAAGCUCGAAAACUCUGCGUCACUGAUGAUUAUGAUUUAUGUUGUGCGCUUAGAAUGACACAGAUUAGGCUAAAGCCUCAAAGAAAAAAUAUAAAAGAAGGCAAAGCGAGUUCCAUCAAACGUAUUAAUCUUGAUAAGCCCAAAGUUGGUGGUGUUGGCUUCUUAAGUGUUUUGCAAACAAAUUUAUUUGGAUUAGACAUUCUUGAGAAGUACGAUUGGAUAAACAAACAUAAAAGAUCGAAGCUUAUCUCACGCCUGCAGACAAUUCUAAUUGUUCUUAAACUGAGCCUCAUGGAACGUUUUCAUCUGCUGAACGAUUUACAAGUCCUAUCCUUCACUUUGUCACCCUUAACAGAAGAGCCUUGA